GUUGAUUGGUUGUUUGUCUUUUAUCUCAGUUGUUGAGCUCAGGUCCCUUACAGAAGCAAGAGACAAGUGCAACAUCAUAAAAAAAAAGAAGACGAGAAAGAGUGAGUACAGGAGGUCAAAAACUCAGCAUUUAAAGUGUGGCCCUCAUCCAACGCAGGACUUAAACGAAACAUCACGCAGCAUGUAGCCAUGUUCGCUGGAUCCGCUUUCAUCCCUGCACUGUUUUCUGCCUUUGGGGACGGGUUCCUGGAACUAAAUUUCAGCGCCAGUUAAGGAGGAGGUGAUGGUUCCAGGUAUUUUCAGCUCUUGCAGGCGUAGCUGCAUACUUCACUUCCACGGCUGCUGCGCUGAGCCAGCUGUCUGCACCAGGACUGCGCCAGUCAUUACCACUCUGUGAGCGAGAAUCUCUAACAUCCUUCUCCUGGCAAACUGCUGCUAAUUCAGUGGAUGCUGCUCCGCUCCACACUGUAAGCCAUGUGUCAGCUCGUAGGCUUGGAGACGCAGCUGCAGCUGCAUCCAAUCAAAAGCAUCUGCAAAGUAAACAAGGAAAUCAAAGCAUCCGCAUCAGUUACAACACUACUUUUAAAGCUUCAGGUCCUUUGUGUCCCUGUCCACAUGACACUGUAGACACAGACAGAGUAAAAGAGUCUGUGGGAUUGAAGAGAAGAAGAGCAAGUUGUGAAGGUGAUGCCAACAAAACAGAAGUUCAGAGGUCUUCAGCGUGUUUCGGACUGCUGUUCAUCCACUCACAGACUGACCUCAUGAUGUAGAUUGGAAAAACAUUUGCCCGGUGUUGUUUUCACAUGGAAUUAACCCUGAUUAUUUCUUAAUGUCCCAACAAUGUACUACUUACCACCUGAGCACCUCUCUUUAAUGUCCCUGCAAGAUGGAGCACUGGCCGAUCAGUUUGAUGGACAAUCUGAAGCUUUUAGAUCACCACACAAUCAGCCAAGAGAAAAUGCUCGUCCUGAAAUCGUUUUUUACACUACGUGGAUGCUGAGAAAUGAUGCAGUCUUUUCGGAUCUGACUGCAAAAUAAACAUACACACAAAAACAGCUUGGUCGCACCACGUUUUUCAGAGAGCCUGAGGUGAACUGUCUGCAGGAAAUGGGAGGUGAACAGUUAUAGUGAGUUCACCGGAUUCCGUCCUUUGCUCCUUCGCUCACUGUGACCGCUGACACAUGAAUGUAAACAUGUGAUGGUGUGACGUUCACUGAAUAACUGAUGCUGUCGUUUUUUUCUCCUGAGAGGACAGACCCCAGGUUCACAGCAUGAGAAAAUGGAUUUGUUGCUAAUUUCUUAGGGAAUUUGCAGAGCUAUAGUACAGUAUUAGGUAAGGCAGGUCCUGCAUUAUUAGACCAUUACUGGAUAAGUUUGCGGCCAAGUCUUGUAGAGGCCCCUGUGUCAAAAUCUAGUUUAAGGGGAAGGUUCUGCUCUAAUGGUUAAGAUUCCCCUUCCUUGGGGACCUUCGCUGCAUUUUGUACACCCCUCUCACUCCCUGUUUCCUGUCUGUAUCAUUGAUUUCUGUUCAGUAAAGGAUAAAAUGCCUCACAUAGUAAGUAACAUACAUGGAUGCAUAAAUAAAUUCAUGGAUAUUAUUACCUGAUUAAUCUUUCUUCUGCAGUAAAAAAAAUUCAGGAGUAAGUAAAAGCGGCACUUACUUAAAAAAUAGUAUGAAGAAUGCUCAUAUUUUCGUAUAGGAUGCACAAAUCAUGGUGACAUCUGAAAAGUAACGGAAGUGUCUAACAAGUUCAUGAUUUUCAGCUUGUAUGAUCCCUGGCUUCCUUCAGCACUGCAGAGAAUAAGCCCUAUUAUGUAAAUAUGUAGCCGGUGUUGAGUUGAUUUUAAUGCCACAGCAAGAGAUCAUGUGAUGGAGGAGGGAACAUGACACCGUAGGCUACACGCACACACACACACACACACACACACACACACAUCUGGAAAUGAAGCUCCGGUCGGAGCCCACACCUGUCUUGCUGCAGGACGCGCGGCGCCGCACGGCAGCUCUCCGGGCUCAUCAGCAGCGUAUCUGACAGCAGUGAGCUCAGUCCCGCAGGAGCAGCUCUGCGGUCAGUGCUGUCACACUCUGACAGCGUCUCCAGCCAUGAGGAGCACCGACAGCAGGACUGCGACACUAUGCCACCGGAUAUAACCGAGGAAGCGACGCAGAGCCCCGCAGAGAAGAUCCAAGUGUCAGUGGAUUAUUGCAGCACAGGAACGCCAGCGGUUUGCUCUGUACACCCACGUCCAUGAUCGGGAGGGAGAGCAAAGUUGGCAAAGAUGGAAGAACCUGGUGGAGGCAGGAGGCGUCGACUACCCAGCAUCACCUGAAGAACUGGAAGGUGAUGUUGUGGGUGGUGGCGUCAUUGCUGACACUGGUAGAAGAUGUGUUUUCUGAGGAGGACAAUAAAGAGGCUCAGUCAGACAUCCAGCAUGUCCUCAUGCAGCCUUCCUGGUCUCCUACAGAGGAUCUGGAACAGGAUAACAGAGUGCACACAUCCUGGCCCCAUGCCUUUGAAGAGUGGUCACUGAUGCAGGAAGACGAAAUCCAGCAGGGCAGAUGGCGACGCUCCCCUCGUGACCCAAACUCACCCAGAACAUCAAGGAGGAACCGCAAGAAGCUCAAGAGCAGCCGUGACUGCCAUUUGGAGAGGAAGGAGAUGCGGGUGCGGGAUCUUGGCCUUGGCUAUGACUCGGACGAGAUAAUCCUCUUCAAGUACUGUGUUGGCACAUGCCACAGCUCCCGCAAGAACUAUGACCUGGCCCUCAAGACUCUGAUGGACAACGGGAGCAUCUCUGGCAAAAAGGUCAGCAGUCACCCCUGCUGUCGGCCUAUCCGCUAUGAGACCGUGUCCUUCAUGGACACCCAGACUACCUGGCAGACAAUUAAGUGGCUCUCAGCGGCCAAUUGCAGCUGUGUGGGCUGAUUGCAAAGAGGAGUGUGUAUCUGUAACACACAAACACAGAAAAAGCUCUAUUGUGAAAGAGCAGGAUGUUGUGAGGCCUGGUCUCUACUUUGGGUGACUUAAGCCUGGUUCAUGUGGUCUAAGGCGUGACCCUGAGAUGGGCUCGACAGUGCUCUGCUAACAGCUCCGUUAAUAGCUCGACUGUUGUUGAUGGAGGUUCGUAUACCCUCAGACAGAGCCCGAUGGCACCAGUGGGCCAUCUGGAAGUCUGCCUCAAGCCCUGGGCAGUGGAAGAUUUGUUUAAAUGCCACCAGCAAUAAGCACAGAGGAGGAAACUUAGCAGUACUGUUCCAGUUCAUAGUGUAUUACAGCUUGUGUCCUUCAUUCAGUCUGUUGAAGGCUUUCAGGUGAUGCUCAGAGACAGAAGCUCAGAGUAAUUGAUUACAUUUCUAAGCAUGCAGUUUGGC